AUGCUUUACGUGCUGCUAUUGACUGUGACGUCACAACAUCAUCCCAGUUCAGACUCGUUGGAUGGGUUCUGUGUGAAGGUGGUGGGCGGCGACACUCCAGGCUGGCUGGAGCGCGGCCUGCGGCGGCUGGGCUCGCAGCCGGACGCGCAGGUGUUGGUGGUCAGCCACAGCGGCCGGGCCUCCAGCAGCGGACCGUCCUCCCCGUCUGGCUGCGCCUCCAUCGACAGGACGUACAUCCGCGGCCAGAACGUUCCCAUCUCACCGGAGGAGCUGCUGGAACGGGAGACCAAGAGGCAGAAGGCUCUGGAACACCAAAAGGCCAUCAGGGAGCAGUUGGAAGAGCGGGAGAGGCGGCGAAAAGAAGAACGCGAACGGCGCAUGCGCGAGGAGCAGAUGGAGGAGGCCAGGCUGCGCAGAGACAGGGAGCUGGAGGCCCAGCGGCUACGGGACGAGCAGCGGCGGCGGAAGGACAAGGAGCAGUUGCAGGACGCGCGGCGCGCGCAGGCCAUCCGGGAGGCGCUGGCCGAGGCGGAGCGGCGGGCGCAGCGGGACCGCGGCCAGGGGCAGCCGGCGCGCCGGCCAGACGCCGCGCCUCACGCGCGCCCCCAGCAGCAGCAGCAGCAGCAGCCACAGCCGCCUCCAGGGCCCGGCGCGCCCACCACGCCGGCUCAGCUCCUCCGGCACCAGGUGCUGGCCGAGCGCCGCGACGCCGCCACGCAGACCACCGCCGCCGGACGCGCCUCGGACAAGAAGUCGGCGAGCCUGGAGCGCGCGCAGCGGCCGGUGCGGCUGCCGUCGCGCUGCCGCUCGCAGUCGCAGUCCCGCGCCGCCCCCGACGCCCGCCCCCGCUGGGGCGCCCGGCCGCCCGCCCACGCGCACGCCCACGCCAGGGCGGCGGAGCAGAGGCGGCCCACGAGGACGCGGCCGCAGGCGCCGGCAGUGCCGCACUCCAGCGACGACAACAGCAGGUCUGGUAGCCAGCGUGUCUGCGUCGCCGUCGCCGCCUGCGACGACGACGCCAGCGGCGAGGUCGCUGAAGGACGGCGCGGCAGCAGCAGCAGCAGCAGCAGCCACGGCUGCGCAUGCGCCUGGGCGCCGCAACCUGCAGCGCGUUGUCUCCCUCGAGGUCCGCACGCCUCGACGCCCAGCUGA